CAAUGGCUUCACUCCCAGUUGUGCUGUUUCUGGCUACUGUGCUGCUACCAUCUUUCCCCACCGAAGCAAAGGAUCCAUCCUUUACUGCGCUGUUAACCACUCAAACGCAAGUCCAAAGAGAGAUUGUAAAUAAACACAAUGAACUAAGGAAAUCAGUCGCUCCACCUGCCAGCAACAUGCUAAAGAUGGAAUGGAGCAGAGAAGCAACAGCAAAUGCUCAGAAGUGGGCAAACAAGUGCACUUUAGAACACAGUAAUCCAGAUGACCGGAAGACCAGUACAAAACGUGGUGAGAAUCCCUACAUGUCAAGUGACCCUACUGCCUGGUCAGAUGCAAUCCAAAGCUGGUUUGAAGAACACCACAAUUUUGUCUAUGGUGCAGGACCAAAGAGCUCCAGUGCAAUUGUUGGACAUUAUACCCAGCUUGUUUGGUACUCAUCUUUCCGUGUUGGAUGUGGAAUUGCCUACUGUCCCAAUCAGGAGAGCCUAAAAUACUACUAUGUUUGCCAGUACUGUCCUGCAUAAGUAUAUACUUUAAAUGGUAAUAAUGUGAGUAAAAAGAGUACCCCUUACCAACAAGGAACACCUUGUGCCAGUUGCCCUGAUAACUGUGACAGUGGACUAUGCAGUAACACAUCUGUUUUUGUUACAACCAAUUCUUGUGAGUAUGAAGAUCUCCUUAGUAACUGUGAUUCCUUGAAGAAAACAGCUGGCUGUGAACAUGAAUUGCUCAAGGAAAAGUGCAAGACUACUUGCCUAUGUGAAGGCAAAAUUUACUGAAAUGCCCAACUUGCACUGUGCAGGACUAAGUGGAGAAAAUCUGCAUCAUUUAGUUGACACAUACCAAGAGGGAAAUUGUAGCCAUGUUAGUUACAAAUUUGAUUCCAAACAGUAAGGAACCUUUUUCUCCAGGAUAUUUACAGAGAUCUCUUUCAUACAACGAUUUACAAAAGUAAGCUAGUCUAUGACAACAACUUUGGACUGAUACAAAUUUGUCACCUUACAUUUAAUUAACUGAAUCAAGUCGAGAAUUUUGAAAGUAGUACAACCACAGGACUUAGUCACUAGAACUUUGGAUUAAAAUAAAGAAUUACAUGUUUUCUGAAACAACAUGCCAAAAGAAAAAAAAAAAAAGACUGUAACAUUGUCAUUCCUACUCCAAGAUUUUUUA